GUGGAUCUAUAGGUUAUACGACACAUGUUUGUGAACUUGUAUAGCUGUGGUUAACCAAAAUGUUGAUUGAUAUAGCGGCCAAAAGGGCUUCUAGACAGACGAGGCUAUGUAUACACGAGAGGAACAAGUUACGACAAGAACGAGUAGAAGCUACCCAAAUAAAUGUCACGACUACCAUCACCGCCGGCGAGCCUACCGAUCCGUUUUAUAGGAGUAAGCACUGUCCUGAGUGCAAGGCUGAGGAGAAAGCAGCCAACAAGUACCGAUGGAAGCUUAUCUUAUGUUUGAUUCUCCCCUACGCUCUCCAAGCGCUCGACGUUACAAUUAUUGCCAGUGCUUUACCGUGGAUUGCUGCCGAUUUUGGCGAAAUCGCCCAACUAAACUGGAUCAUAUCCGCCUUCAACCUGACCUCCGCAGCCUUCAUCCCCUUCUGGGCGCAAAUGGCCGACAUAUUCUGGCGGCACUUAGCCCUGCAACUCUGCUCGCUCACCAUGCUCACCGGCAGCGCGCUCUGCACCUUCGUCCCCGUCACCGCCUUCGGCGCCUUCCUGCUCGGCCGCGCCCUGCAAGGGGUCGCCUGCGCCGGUCUCAACACCGUCAUCCGCGCCAUCAUGGCCGACAAGGUCUCGCUCAAGGAAAACGCCAAGAACUGGACUCUGUUCGCCUUCACGAGCGGCAUAUGCUACGGCGUCGGCCCCGUCAUCGGCGGGUACCUGACCGCGGCGAACUGGCGCUGGUGUUUCGGCAUCAACUUGCCCAUCGCGUUCCUCGGCGUCUUGAUCGUCUUCUUUUUCCUGAGGAAGGAUUUGUUGGGCCCCCAGCCUAUCCCUGAACUCAAUGAGUCGGAGGCUGGCCGCAGGGAGCGGCUUGCUAGACGUAUAGCGACGAUCGAUUUUGGUGGCCAGCUAUUGUUCCUAUUUGGGUUCGGACUGAUAAUCCUGGCUUUGACUUGGGCGGGUGCGACAUACGAUUGGAGUGAUGCUGCUGUGCUCGUUCCCCUUAUGUUUGGUGUGCUGCUGGCGUGCGCUUGGUUGUAUUAUGAGCACUCAAUGUCGGUGGGCGCGUUGUCCCAUAAGUUGUCUUUUCAAAGGCCGAUGUUGCCAUGGAAUGUGGUAAAGAAUCGCAAUGUGAGCCUUCUGUGCUACAUCAACUUUGCUACGGGGAUGGCUAUGUACAGUGUCCUCUAUUUCGUCGACAUUUACUUUACGAUAGUCAAGGGGUUCCUUUCCGACAAGGCCGGCGUCCAGAUAUUAUUCUAUACCCCUGGACUUGGAGUUGGUAUAUAUCUCUCGAUGAUCUUCUGCAAUAUUUGGCCUCGCCAGACAUUCUUGCCCCUAUUUCUUGGAUCCGUCAUUGAAGCAGUUGGUGUCGGCAUGAUGGCAUGGGCUCUGUAUUUCGAGAACACCGCCACAAUCUACGGGAUGAUGGCGCUUACCGGCGCAGGUACGGGCUUGCGAUUCAUUCCUGGCACCCUCCAUGCCGUCGGAUUCUUCCCCAAUCACAUUGCUACUGUGAUUUCCUUAAUGGGUGUAGCUACGACAUUCGGUGGUACUUUGGCUCUCACGGUCAUGUCUGCCGUAUUCAACAACACGUCGGGCCUAACACGCGAUUCUCCUAUUUCGAAAAACUAUGAUGCUCUGAAGACCCUUCCGGAUGAAGUCAAGCUCCGGAUCGUCGAUGGCGUUAAGAACGGUAUCACCUGGGCUUUCGUCUCAUUGACCCCUUUCAUGGUCAUCUGUAUCCUUGCUUCAUUAUGCUUAGGCAAUGUCACCAUUUCCAAGGAGGACAACGCUGAAGAAUCUGGCCAUCACUUAACCCACGGAAGCUAUCUACUCGCCCUUGUAAAGGGGAAGGCCCAUCCGGAAGAAAACGUCAGUUUAGAAAUGGAGGAGAGGAGCAGUACAGAGCCUCUUAGGUAUCGGGACCGCUUUGAUUAGACUCGGAGCAACUUGGACACUUUGUUGAGAAUCUGUUGCUACACUGGAAUAUUUGGGGACAUUUUCGAUUUAUGAUACCCUAAGAGCCAAGGCGUUUAUCUUGUUAUACAAUUAUAAGAGGAGUGUUGGGUGCGGGCAAGUACGUUAAGAUAGAUUUACCUGUGACUCAUGAUCACAAUGGACAUAUAUCGUACAA